AUGUCUAGGAUACCUAAAAGGCCGUUGGAAAGUAUCGAAAAUACCUUUGAUGCCAAAGUUUCUACGUCCAAGGAACCGUCUUUGGACUUUACUUUGGCUAGGAUUGGUAAUGAUACAAAAAAGUCGCAAAUUCCUACCCUUCGAAGUAAGAACCCCAGCUUAGAUUUGCAGCACAUAAACAAACUUAUUGGUUUAAAUCAAACUUUGAAACAAUCCCACACCAAGAAACCUCCACAACCAGUACCAGAAAAACCACAUGAUAAGGUGGAACAAGAUAUCAAGACCCAGAUCCAAAAGAACAAAAAACUCAGUGAAGACAUCAAAGAUCUAACUACCCGAUCGGAUUCCUUAGAAGUAGAGGUAGUGGACUUAAGAAGGAACCAAAAACGAAUGUACCACAAUUUAAGUGAUUACAAAACAGAGAUCAUCUCCAGUAAGCGAAAGUUUGCUUACCUUGAAGAAUCUAUCAUGAACAAUGUGUUGAAUAGGGAGAAGUUGAUUAAUGUCAAGAUCAAAGAGUUUAGUCAAAACUUACAGAAUAAUCUUCACGAGAUCAAGUAUGAGUUGGACAAUGAGUUGAAGUUAGCUGAAGAUUUCAAAGAUGAAGAUAUUGAAGGAAACAUCCAACAAUUGAAGCAAGAAGUUACCGAUUUAUCUCAUCAAUUAACUCAAGCCAUAAGUAACACCAACCAUCAAUUACAUUUAUACCAAGUGGAAACUGACAAUCAACUCACCAAACAAUUGGAAAGUAAAGUACAACAAUCAGAAAUGUUAGUUUCCCAGUAUAAAUCCCAUGAAGUAGAGCUAAACCAUCUCAAGGAAGAAUUUGCCGAUAUUACCAACGAUAUAGAACAUCAGAAAUCCACCAACCAGUCUAUUGAACAAAGAAUUAGUACCAUACAAACCUCAGAAACUAACUUCACUGCCAUCAAAACAGAUUUAAUGAAACGUAUUAACGAUUUAGACCAUGAAUUAUCCAUAAUCAAGGCUAAAGAAGCAGUUGUUACCCAAGAUUUGAAUGAUAUUGAUACAGAAUAUCAAGAUUUAGACACCAAGAUAUCUCAUCAUACCAAAACCAGAAGAAUUCUCGAGAAUGCUAUGUUCAACUAUCAAGGCAAAAGAGUGUAUAUAACCAUCCCCGAUGAUAUUCCUAUCACCAACAAUAGCUUUAGAGUACAAAAUCAAAAUUAUGAGUUUAGUAAGGUUUUCCAUACCAUCGAUAACCAAUCAUUAAUCGAAGAGUUCCAAUAUUUCACUUUAUCCAGUAUUAAACAACCUAAAGUUCUUUCAUAUAUUUUUGGUGGUCAUCCAAGUAAUCUCAUGUACGACACCAUCGUACAUACUCAGAAACUUUUACAAACCACUUCCUUAUCAUUCAAAGGAUUUGAAAUCCAUAAUGAUUAUGUUGAAGAUCUACUUGAUUCUCAUCGUAUAAUUCAUCCUAAAUUACCCUUGGAUCCAAUACUGAUCCCUGGUCAAUCUAUGAUCAUUGACGAUGUCACCAACUUCCAAUCAAUAGUUCAAUCCAUCACAUCAAAAGUUUCUCAUAAACUUUUCAUAAUGACUUUAACGACCAAGCAAUUUGAAUCCCAUUUAUUAUUCAUAGAAGGCCAUAAUUCUCAUUUUUCCACCAUAAUCAAGAAUACCAAACCUUUAUACAUCAUCAACUGUCAACCAUUCGAUACAGAGAUUAUCAAACUGUUUAACUUAUAA